AUGAUAAUAGUGCCAUUGUUAUUCGGGCCGGGCCGGGCGGGCACGGUUAAUUGUUCGGGCGGGCCUGGCUGGGCCAUCAAAAAUUGGCCCGUUUCGAGCCCUGCUGGCAAAGGUAAACCAAUCGAAGAUUCUGUACUCAUAAAAAAACUGGUACAAUUAUCCAAUAGUAAAACAGAACAUUUACCUGGUUUGUUACCUUUUAUUUCUGAAAUGCCUGUUAUUUUGACACAAAACAUUACUAUUGAACUUGGUCUUAUCAAUGGCAUUAAUGGGAUCUUUCGACAAUUAGUCUACCAGACAGAUUCUAUGUCAACAGGUGUUUUAUCCGAAACAUUCCCGAACAAUACACAAUGUACUCAUAGACCAGUAUAUGCAUUGAUUGAAAUUGCCAAAUCGAAGAUUGAAUGUAAUCUUGAAGAACUUCAACCGAAGUUUGUUUCAAUACCGUUAAUAGAGCAAACAUUUCGUGUCGAUAUUGCUGACAUUCUCCCAAAAGAUAAGAAGCCAAAAUCAAAUCAAAAAGCAAUUUUAUCAAUUAAACGACGUGCACUACCACCACUUGUGCUUGCUUAUUGCAUCACGACAAUAAGAGUCAAGGCCAAACUUUGA